AUGAGCGAGAAAGUGCGCCGUGCCAUCAUUGCGCUCGUCCGAUUCCGGUCGCGUAAAAUUGCUUUUGCGCGCUGUUCUCCCAGCUUCGAUGCCCCAUCCAAAGGAGAACACGCCGGUGUCUCACGCAACCAAACACGGCUGCACCGUGCGCGUGUUGAGGCAGUGGCACUGCAAUCCACGAGUUCGACACUGAAUGCUUCGCCUACGGACAACUUACCGCUGAGUUCAUGGCGAUCGUGUCGACAUCUUUUUAGAAAGCAGCCCCGCAUUGACGAGGGCUGCGCUCAGCACAAUUACCAAAACACCAGCAAACGCGGCAGCCCCGAUCGGUUUCUGACUCGCAAAAAUCAAGUUCGGCGCGCUUUGCACGCUGAGGCUUUGCACGACACCGUCGAGCAACCAGUUCCUGCGACUGGCUUUAGCUCGCGCGACCUACGACAGAUUACUGGACGGUGCAGCCAGCGAAAAGUCAUCGCGUUCCAAACCUUCUUUGGCGCGUCCGUCUGUCCGUCGCGUUUACGGCCGUUCAAAUCCUACUGGCAAAUCGGGAAAAGCCCGCUGGUGAACCCUCGUUGA